CUGAAUCUCAAAGCUCGAUGAAAAAAACGCUCUCUGAAGGCUCGAUAGGUAAACCACGUCGGAUUUCUCCCAGCCGGAGAGAGUGCCGCCGCAGUUGAUUCCGUCGCAGCUGCUUGCUAGUUUACCGGAAUCCUCGUUUCUCCGAUCAAGAGCUGGCAUUUGACUGGAUAUGGAGGUGAAGCUGGAGAAGAAAGACGCAGAUGAUUGGGUUUACAGAGGCGAAGGCGCUGCUAAUCUCGUCCUCGCUUACUCCGGAUCGUCCCCUGCUUUCAUCGGAAAAGUGAUGAGGAUACCUAAAGUAGGAAGAAAUGCGCCGUCGGCGGUCGUCCAAAAUCAGCCGGUGUUGACGGAGCAAGAACGUCUGUUGUGGAAAGAAGCGAAGGAGAUGGUUGCAUCUCAGAACAAAGAUGCUGUUGAGCGGUUUUUUACUGAGCUAGUUAUGGGUCCUCUCUUGGGUCCCAAGUAUGUUGAUGCUGGGGUGCUUGUUAGAGUGUCUGGAGAAUUUCUCAAGUGCAUCGAAGAGAAAGUGACCCGUCACCGACCAUCUUUGCGAGUUGAUGCUGCCAAGGUGGAUGUAGAACGUGAUUAUGUGGUGAUUAUGUCUGAUCACACCGUUUUUCCUCAUGGUAGUUCUAAGAGGAGACCGUGUAUAUCAGUUGAGAUAAAGCCAAAAUGUGGGUUCCUGCCAUUGUCAAGCUUUAUUGCUGAAGAGAAUGCUGUUAAGAAGUACACCACACGGUUUAGAAUGCAUCAAGCCCUGAAGCUAAACAACAAAGAUAUAUCAGAGAUUAGCAAGUACAAUCCGCUGGAUCUAUUUUCAGGUUCCAAGGAAAGAAUACACAAAGCCAUUGAGGAUCUAUUUGCCACUCCUCAGAACAAUUUUCGUGUAUUCUUGAACGGUUCUCUUAUACUCGGUGGCUUGGGUGGUGGCACAAGCAAAACUAACACCAUUACCAAACAAUCCUUUGAAGAUGACCUGAAGGGUGUCAUACAGCCAACCAAAGGAUCAAGAACUGCAAGCUUUAUGCAGCUUAUUGCUGAGACAGUCCAUCACUCUCGAGUUCUUGAUCAACUUCUCGACGUUCAAAAACUUGACCAUUUAGAUAUUGAAGGAGCAAUUCAUGCUUAUUACAAUUUUCUAUCCAGACCUUGUACAGUAUGCAUGAAUUUGAAUGAAGCAAAAGCUCUACAUGCUUGUAAAUCCUUGCACUCGAUUCCCAUGGAUGAGAGCUUGAAGAUUGUGAAGAAUUAUUUGAUAGCUGCCACUGCUAAAGACUGCAGUAUGAUGAUUAGUUUUGUGCCAACAGAUGAUGUAGAUGCUGGAUCUCAGUAUAGUUCUGUUCAUAUGCCUUCAACUAAUCAGAAAUUUACCUACAAAGUGAAUUUCAUUGAUUUGGAUUUGAAACGUUUGAAGACGAUAGAAGACUACUAUGAAUUAGACCAGAAGAUAGUGAAGUGCUAUAGUCAGGUGGCAGGAGGAGAUCAUAGGAAAUGCGUUCCUGCUAGCACAAAGAAUGUCUGAAGCAAUGUCCUCAAAUCCAACUCCUUCAAUGGACAACUCUGCUUCUACUCCUACAAAUGAUUCUACCACAAGAGCAAGAGUGGAUGUAGGAAAUCCCAAGAAUGCAACCCAAAAUCUAGCAUCUGAUCAGAAAGAAACUUAUGAGAAAGUAACCCUAUAUUCAAGAAAUGUGAGGAAGAGAACUUCUACUCUUCGGAAUGGCUUCAAGAUUAUGCAUACGGCAGGCUGCAAGCAGCAUGCAUGCAUAAAUUGCAAGAAGACAUACAAAGCAGAUCCAUCAAGGGUUACAUCAACACUAAGAAGACAUAUGUUAUCAUCAUGUCCAAAGAAUCCCAAUAUCCUCCUUGGUCAAGGGAAACAACAACUAAGCCUCUGUCCAGAAUUUCAAACAUGAGCAAUCAAAGGUUUGUCACUGAAUAUAUUUCUGGAAGUGAGUAUCCAACUGCUAAAUUUUUUCUUCCUGAAUUUUGGUACAUUAAGAAGUUGCUGGAUAAGACGUUAAUGUUGGAGAAUGAAGAUAUGCAAUCUAUGGCUUGUGAUAUGCUGGUCAAAUUUGAGAAGUAUUGGGUGAUAAUUUCGAUUGCUGCUAUUAUGGACCCAAGAAACAAGUUUAAGAUGCUUCAGAUGUAUUUUCCUGACCUUCACAAUGGAGCUGAAGCUGUGAAGGAGCUGAUUGCACUAGUUUGUGACAAGCUUUACAAACUCUUUCAUGAGUAUGUUGAAGACUACAAAGGGAAGAACAUGGUGAACUUAUUUGAAGAUGAAAGUGACACAAUUCCCUCUUCCUCCUCUUCCUCUUCUUCUUCGGGCUGGGAGGAAGAGAAUGGAAAGGGCAAGGUUUGACUCACUUAUUCGAAAUGUCGAUUGUGUUACAACCAUGGUGUAUAUCUUGAGGAUUGUCUUUAUAUUGAUCCGAGUAUUGUGGCCUUAAUGUUAUUGUGUGGUGGAAGGAGCAACGUAUGAGGUAUAAGGUUUUAUCAACGAUGACUUGUGAUGUUUUGGUAAUUCCUCUAACCUCAGUUGCGCCGGAAGUGACUUUUAGUGACGGGGGAAGAGUGAUUGAUCCAAACCGUGCAUCAUUGGGGGAAAAAACAGUUCAAGCAUUACUUUGUUCUUGAGAGUGGUUAAGAUACUAUUAUGUUUCGAAAAAGAAUGUUAAGGUAACUUGUUACUGUGUUUUCCAUAUCCACUUUAAGGCUCUGAUCAAGAAAGAGGAUGUUAUUGAAGUUGACUUGUCCUAGUGAUGUUUUGGUUAGUCUCUCUUGGUGUUCCUUUUUUUUUUACCUUGGAUCGAAUUCUUGAGCCCUUCUUUCUUUCUCUUUUGCCUAUUUUCUCGAGUGUAAAUUGUUUGGGGGUUGUAGUACUAAGAAGAGUGUAGUAGCAAAUUCCUGUCUUACCUCUGUUCUCCCAGUAACUGUAUUCCUCCAUCUUUUUACAUAUUAGUGGGCUGUACAAUUGAUUUGUGGCCAGCGUAAGCCUAUUAAUGGUGGGGCUUAGACUCUCUGCAGUUUGCCACUUAAUGAAUCAGUAUAUUAAGUAGUUGUUUUGUUAUGGAAUCAGCAUAUUAGUGGCAUAUGGGCCGUUGCCUUGAAGAUAUUUUUUUGCUUAUCUUGUAUUUUCAGUGGUCUCCAAAAAC